GGUGGGUAAAUGCCGGGGAACAUUUGCAAUUAUUUUUUUAAAGAUAUAGAAGUACACAAAGAGAGGGGGAUCCAACCAAUACCUCUCUUCAGAGGCAUACCUCUGUAAAAAAAUUACAUGGAAGAAAAUAAAUGAACUGAAAUACAAGAAUUUUUUUGGGGGGCUAGACCUGACCCAAAAAAUAAAAAUACAUGAAUAAUUAAAAGUGAAAGCUAGGAAUACCAAAUAAAUCCGCAUAAUAACUAGCUUUAACCAACCUCUGGAAGGUGGUUAACCCGAUCAAAGCGAACACUAAGGGCCGGAAGAAUUUGAUGAGCCGCUAAGAAAUGUGCCGGCCCAUUAGCUUCUCUAAAAACAUGCCCAAAAACGAAAUUCAUGUCCGAAGCUUUCCUUCUAAACGUCUGAAGCUCAGCUGAGUUUCCAGAAUCGUCGUUCAGCCUGGUAAGCAGCCGGACAACAUCUGUUUCCACCUGAACAUCAACAACGCCUGCCGCCAUGGCCAUCUCCGAAACUUGGACAAGCACCUUCCACUCCGCCUCUUCACAAUCAUCAGCUUGAAUCUGGAAAGCCAUGGCACAUAUCAGUUCGCCAGAUCCAUUACGCAGAAUAGCUCCUCCUUGAGCCGAAUCAGGUAAAAAAGAUGCAUCAACGUUUAUUUUGUAAUUUUUUUGGGGACGGCUCCACCUAAUAACCUUAAUGCCUGGGGGAAGCAAACCUGAAAUUAUUCGAAAUCAACCUCUCUCGUUUAAGAAUAUCAUCCACAUAGGUAGGUUUGAUUUUAGACAAUUUGCAGGCCCAACUUUGAGUGUAGCACUUAAUUUGAUCGAUCAAGUGUUCUGCAGAAGGAAUAUUUGUCGAACCCCAAACAUAAGCCGUGUACGAUAAAUUAUAAAUUAUUUUGAAACUAAAAUUUAUUAUAUUUCUCAUUUUUAUAUACCCGAGUACAUGGCCGGUCCUAAGAAAAUGCAGGUCAUGUGCAACAAAAAAAUGGCCCUUAUGAGUAUAAUAUUUACACGUAAUGUACAUCAAUAUAACGCUUUGAGAUAAACACUAUUACAGCUGACUAUUCAAUGAAGAUGUUUUGAAGCUUAAUAUGUCUUGAAAUUUUUAUGCUCAAUUGUAGAGCUCCAAUGUUCAAUAGAGGAGACUUUAUGAUCAAUGAAAGUGUUUUUAUGCUCAACAAGCAAAGCUUACUCAACAGAAUGCAUAUUUCAAAAGUUAUAUACUUCCACCGUCUCUUUUUAGUUGCAACAGUCAACAUUUCACGUUUGCCAAAGCACAACUUUGACCGUCAUUAUAUUUAAUUUUGUAUUAGUAAAAAUAAAAUAAAAAUCAGAUUAUAAAACUUAGUAAUGAGACGAAUUUAACAACAUUUUUCAAAAAAAAUAAUUCACAUACAUUAAUAAAUAAAAUGUAGUCAAAGUAAAGUACAUGAAUAGUGUAUAUAUUCCAAUGUUGCAACUAAUGAGAUACGGAGGAUAGUAUUAAAUUAGAUUCAUAUAUUGGAAUUCAUAGGAGUUGAUUAUAGAUAUAAUUUAUCAACUUUUAAUAAAAGAAAAAAUAAGAAAAAGAAAGUGAAUCAGAAAUUAUGAAACAGAAAUCACGAUGCUCAAUAUUAGACUCUUAAUACUCAACAGAAUAGGUCGGAUGCUCAUUAAAUGUUCAUUAAUACUCAUUUUACAGAAACUGUAUUUUUCAUCUUGAUAUAUGAGGUUUGAUGCUCAAUGAAAAUGUCAUGAUGUUCAAGUAACAAACUUUAUGAUUUUCAUAUUAGUACGCAUUUCGUAAGUUACAUAUGCUCAUUUGGUAUUGAUGUUAUGCUCAUUUUUAAAAUGUCGUAUCAAUGUAUAUUUCAAAAGUAUCAUAUGACAUUAUACUCGCAUAUUGAAAUUAAUAGGAGUGUAUUAUAGAUAGAAUUUAAUAAAUUUUUAUAAAAGGAAAACGAAGAAAAAGAAAAAAGAAUUAGAAGAUAUGAAGCAUGGAUCGUGAUACUUGUUGUUAGCCUCUUAAAUACUCAAUAAAAUAGGUUAGAUGCUCAUUAAAAGUACACUAUUGCUCAUUUAGCGGAAGCCGUGAUUUUUCGCUUAAAUUACAAAAAUGCCAGUAAUUUUUUUUGGCUUGUAUUAGUUAUUUAAAGUGAACAUUAAAAACUUAUUAAAUGAACAUUUAAAAAAUUUAAAGUGAGAAUCACACCAAUAUGCAUGGACAUGACAUUUUAAAAUGAGCAUUACACCAAUAUCAAUUGAACAUUCAUACUUACGAAAUGAGCAUCGAAAAAUUCAUAAGUUAUGAAAUGAGCAUAGAAAAUUUUAAAAUGAGCAUUACACCAAUAUGCAUGGAUCUGACAUUUCAAAAUGAGCAUUACAUCAAUAUAAAAUUAACAUACAUUACUUAAAAAAUGAGCAUCGAAAAACUUAAAACGCUCAUUUAAAAUCUUUAGUAUGCCUAAAUAUUAAAUGAGAAUACAUAACUUAUUAAAUGAGCAUUUAAAAAUUUAAAAUAAGUGUUACACCAAUAUUACAUUUUAAAAUGAGUAUACAUAACUUACGAAAUAAGAAUAAAAAAAUUUAAAAAGAUCAAUUAAAAUCUCUAGUAUGCUCGAAUAUGAAUUUGUGUAGGCUCAUAUCAAUAUAACAUAUAUAAAGAAGCACCAAUUCCUUAUUUUAGACCAACCAAUUUAAGUAUGCUUAUUAGAAAAAUUAAAAUUCAAAAAAGAAGAAUGGAAGCAAAAUAGAAGAAAAAGGAAAGUUAAAGUUAGAUAAACUAAAAUUCAAAAUCAAAAGAAAUGAAAAACGAAAAAAAAAAGCAACAGAAAGAAGAACAAGCAAAAACGAGGAGAAGCUGAAAAUGAAUUGAAAGUGGAGAUGAAAAAAAUGUAAAAUAAAAACAAUGCAAACUGAGGACAAACAGGAAGAAACAACGGGAGAGAAUAAAAGGAAGCAAACACUCCACUCUAUAUAAUUGAUCACCUUCAUUUUGCAAACAAUUACAAAAAAAACGGGUGUACUUAUACAUUCGGGUGUACGAUAUAGACACCGUUGUCAACUACACACAGGCAGUGGAGGACCUAGGGGAGCCUAGGGGGGCAAGUGCCACCGCUUUCGGCCAGGAAUUUCACUACUAUUACUUAGACUAAAAUCAGUGCCCCCGCUUUCGGUCAAGAAACUCACUACUAGUACUUCGGGUAAAAUUAGUGCCUCCAACCCGUACAAAAAAUUAUCAAUAUUAGAUAACUAAGAUACUAAAAUGUUACAGACUUACGGUUAUAUAAAUUAAAAGUUAAUACAUAAUAUUUAAAUUUUAGCUGAAUUAAAAUAAAAGAUAUAAAAUUCUCAAAAAAGGAAUUAAUGUGGAGCCACUUAAAAGUAAUUUAAUGAAUUGUGCGGCCAAAUUAAUGUGCUGCAUUCCCAAGCAAAAGUUUAGAAACACUAAACUACCAAAAGUUAAACCCUAGCAGAUGAGCAGUCACGCAAUGGCGUUGCCUUCUAAAAUCUAAAAUUGCCUCUUUCUAUUGCCGCAAAUCCGCAAUGGCGUUGCCUUCUAAAAUCUAAACUGCCGUUCCAUUGCUAAACCGCCACUGCCUUGCUAAACUGCCAAUCAGCUCGCUGCCUUGCUAAACUGCCGCUCAGCCGCUGCAGUGCCGCACCGUCCAAUCGCUGCUUCAUUUGUAUUUUGUAAGUUUUUUCGAGUUUAUUCCGGCACCUGCUCUUUUAAUUUCAUUCAAUUGGAUAACUUGCCACUGUGGAUUGUUAUAAAAAUUAAAAUUGUUAAUAAUCAAUUAAUCACGAAUAUUGAUGAUUGUUUGUUUACUUGAAAUUUGAUAGUUUGAAUUUGUGAAUGCCCUCUAAUUAGGGAUUAUGAUUUUAAUUUGUAAGGUUUUUUUAGACUUGAUUGUAUAUGUUUUUUUUAUUAGGAAUAUGAGUUUGGAUAAAUUUGUAAUUCAGAUUAAGAGGACUUUAACUCAAGGGGAUAGUUCUUCAAAUGUUCCUAAUCAGUCUAUCUCAAGCGAUGGAAAUGUUAUUGCUUCGAAUGUAAGCAUUGUCCGAGAUGAGUCUGAUGACAUUAGGGGAGACAAAAGAGCACAGACAAAUAAUACGUGUGAGUGGGAUAUCAUUAGCGAUCCCGCAUUACGAAAGCCAAUCAUUGAAUAUGAGCAGGCCACUGUCUAUCUUCUAAAGAUAAACAUUAAUUUUUGUUCCUCCUGAUUGGAGUGGAGUAGGCCACUGCUCCGUGCGAGCAGUUGGCUCCGCAGCAGGCUACUACUCCGUGCGAGCAGUUGACUCCACAACAGGCUGCUACUCAGGCCGCUACUCCAUGCAUGUUGAAAGUCCACAGCAGACGGCUGCUGGGACGUUAUAACGCCAUAAAUGCCCAACGUACCUUUGCAAUUAAUGGACGGUUUUUGGACGAGAAUCAAUGCCAACGUGCUGUACAUUGAUUACCAACGUUCAUGUCCGUUAAACCUCCAUUAACACACAACAAAUCUUCCCUAUAAGUAGCUGGCAGGUGAUUUGCAACAAACACAAGUUCAUACACACUUCCUUCAUGUAUUUCUGAGCUAAAAACACCUCUAGCAUUCCAGAUAAUUUCCUUUGUGUGCAGCCUUUGUUCACGUUCGUUGGAACUUUAGUUUGAGUGCUAAACUAUUGUUCGAAGUCAUCGUAUCCUGGGAAACGAUCGUUGCAACGCUCCUAGCACCCUGGGAGACAACGAAUACGUUUUAAGGAAAUUGUGCGUAGAACGAGCUUUGGCUUAUUCUGCUUCAUCUCAUUUCUUGUUUUUCUUUAAGUCAUUUUAUUUAAUUAAUUUUCUUUGUUUUUUCGAAACACACCCAACAAUCUUAAAACGUAAUCGUUGCUUGUUCUAUUGUGGUAAACAAUCUUAAACUUGUAGUUUGUCACCUUGGUGAGCGAACUUGUUUUUUGUGUUUUCGAAUAACGUAACAAACGGAAAAUGACUUCUCAAGAAAAUGAAAAUGUUGUUGGGCAGAAUGCUUUGAACGGCUUUAACGAUAAUCACUCUGAAAGCGGAGCUCUGGUGAACAAUAGUUCACAACGCGGUGCAUCUGCUUUGGUUAACCAAAGGGCUAUCCCUAUGGUGACCGUGCCGAGCAACUCUGUGGAGAAACCCGAAAAAUUUAAUGGGUUAAACUUCAAGAGGUGACAGCAAAAGAUGCUCUUCUAUCUCACUACUCUCAGUAUUGCACGUUUCUUGACCAAGGAUGCGCCGGUUGUAACCGGGGGUGAGGUGGAUGCGUAAUCUUUCAACGCGGUUGAAGCAUGGAAGCAUUCUGACUUCCUUUGCCGAAACUACGUGUUGAACGGGUUGCAUGAUGCUUUGUACGACGUGUAUAGCAAAUUAGCUACAGCUAAGGAGCUAUGGAAUGCUUUGGACCACAAAUAUAAGAGCGAGGAUGCCGGUGCAAAGAAAUUUAUUGUCGGUCGAUUCCUUGAUUUUAAAAUGGUGGAUUCGAAGACGGUCUUGAGUCAAGUUGAAGAAAUGCAAAUGAUCUUCAAUGAAAUUCGAGACGAAGGAAUGACAGUUAGUGAGUCAUUCCAAGUGGCGUCAAUUAUCCAUUUAUUGCUGCCGGCUUGGAAGGAUUUCAAGAACUACCUUAAGCAUAAGCGAAAGGAAAUGAACUUGGAGCAAUUGAUCCUCCGUCUGUGGAUUAAAGAGGAUAACCGGAAGAAUGAUGGGAAACUCCCAAUCAUUCAUUGCGCCAAGGCCAACGUGGUGGAGCAUGCAAAAGGCUCCAAAACUAAAGGCAAUGGGAAGAGCAAGCUCGGUCCCAAAGGAGGCGUUUCCAAACCCAAGUUUAAUGGAAAAUGCUUCAAUUGCAACAAGAUCGAAUCGACACAAGUCCUCGGAUUGCAUGGCACCAUGGAAGAAGAAAGACUCCCAAGUCAACUUGGUGCAAGGUGGGCAAAAGGAUGAAGACAUCAUCCUAGCGGUUGUGGUUACGGAAGUCAACCUCGUUGGAUCCAAUUCCAAGGAGUGGUUCGUGGACACCGGUGCAACCCGGCACAUUUGCUCUAACCGGGAGCUAUUCACAACCUUUAAUCCAUCAAACGGUGAGAAGGUGUGGUGGGAAAUUCUGCUCAUUCUGAGGUGGAAGGCGUGGGCAAGGUGGUCCUGAAGAUGACUUCGGGUAAGGAGCUGACUCUCAACAAUGUGUUUCACGUCCCGGAGAUACGCAAAAACCUGAUCUCGGGCUCUUUGUUGAACAAGCAUGCCUUCUGCAUGGUCUUUGAGUCGGACAAACUAGUUUUGUCUAAAUCUGGAAUGUAUGUGGGCAAGGGGUAUGCAUGUGACGGGCUGUUUAAGCUCAAUGUAACGACUAUUAUUAUUAAUUCUGCACUGGCAUGGGCUACAACACGAUAUUCCGCCUCAGUGGAGGAUCGAGCCACACAUUUUUGUUUGGUGGAUUUCCAGGAGAUGAUGUUUGGCCCAAGAUAGAGGACAUAAGCAGUAAUGGAUCUUCCUUGCUCAUGAAUAUUCCCCCAGUCUGAAUCUGAAAAGGCAGAAACAUGGAGACUAGCAGAUGUUCGGAGAGUCAGCCCAUAGUUAAGAGUCCCUUUUAGGUAACGAUAAAUUCUUUUGACCGUCUGCCAACGAACUGUUUUUGGGUGAUGCAUGUGUUGAGAUAGUUUGUUUACGACAAAAGAGAUGUCCGCUCGGGUAAACGCCAAGUACUGAAGAAGCCCAAGGGCCCACUGGUAUUGAGUCGCAUCUGUGUCAACAUCAUCGGACGUAGCAUGCAAAGCAACAGAAGUACUCAUAGGAGUAUCCAUUUCUUUUGCUCCUAACAUAUUGCACUCCUCUAGUACAUGAAUGAUAUAUUGACGUUGUGUGAGGAAGAGGCCAUCCGUAUGAGGUAUUACCUCAAUACCAAGAAAAUGGUGUAAUGGGCCCAAGUCCUUAACAGAAAAACGUGGAGUGAGUUGAGAGACAAACUUGUCCAGGGCAGAUGAACUAUUACCUGUUAAAACAAUAUCAUCGACAUAUAUAAGAAAAUAUAGAAGCACAUCCCGGUGAGAAUAGAUAAAGAGAGAUGUGUGUGCUCAAGAUUUACGAAAUCCAAUCGAAAUCAGAAACUUGGAGAGUUCCAAGUACCAAGCACGUGGCGCCUGUUUCAAGCCAUACAGAGCUUUGCGUAGGCAGUAAAUAUGAGUAGGAUGCGUGGAAUCAACAAACCCAGGCGGUUGUACCAUAAAGACUUCCUCAGAUAGCGUGCCAUGUAGAACGCAUUGUUAACGUCAAGUUGACGCAGCGGCCACUUCCAAGCAAGUGCAAUAGUGAGGAUUAUGAGUAUCGUGGCCGGUUUUGUGACCGGGCUAAAAGUUUCAAAAUAAUCACGACCUGGUUGCUGGAGAUAACCACGAGCUACAAGACGCGCUUUGAACCGUGCUAUAGUACCAUCAGAAUGUCGUUUUACCCUGAAUAACCAUUUACAAGAAAUAGGUUUUUGAUUUGUAUGAGGUACUAACUCCCAAGUACCAUUACGCUGAAGGGCCGCAAAUUCUUCAUCCAUGGCCUGCUUCCAUUUGGGGUCACGAAGGGCAACUCUCACACUGGUGGGUUCAAGCUGGCAGGGUAUUGGGUGAGUGAGGGUAUUGUUUAUGAAAGGGCUGCCAAGAUAUUUGGGAUUAGGGUGUCGGUUACGUAAAGGGCGUGAAGGGAGUUGCAUGGGUUGCAUGGACGAUGAGGUGGGGGACACUUGGCCGAACAUAGGGAGCAGGUAGUUGUUUACUAGACCGUUCCAUUUUAUUAGGAGAGAGUGAGUCAUCAUGCGUAUUUUGCAUGUCAUGCAUGGUGUCACUAAUUGGCCCGGGUGUGCGGAAAGGAAAAAUCUCAUGAAUAAACUUAACAUGCCGAGACACAUAUAUACGACCGGAAAUGGGCUCAAGACAUAAAUAAGCUGAUUGGGAUGUGGAGUACGUAACAAAAAUGCACGGUUGAGAGCGGAGUUGAAGUUUAGUAGUGGAAUAGGGUCGUAACCACAGAUAGCAUAGACAACCAAAUGGACGUAAUUUGGUGUAGUUAGGUAAGGUAGUAGUAAAUAAUUUAUGAUAUGGAGUAUUGUGGUUGAGGGUUGGUGUGGGUAGUCUAUUAAUUAAGUAGACUGCAGUUUGAAACGCAUAAGGCCAAUAUGUAGUGGACAUUCCAGCGUAAUGAAGUAGACUUAGACCGGUGUCAACAAUAUGGCGAUGUUUACGCUCGGCAAUACCAUUAUGUUCAGGGGUGUGAGGGGGUGUGGUAAAAUGACAUAUACCAUGACUGACGAGAUAGGGUUUUAAUUUGAGAUAUUCACCACCAUUGUCACUAAAAGGGAAAUGAUGGGACGGUGAAAGAAUUUUUCCACUAAUUUGUGAAAUUGGGGAAAGAUAAAUGACACUUCGGAUUUUAAUUUGAGUGGAUAAAGCCAUAUGUAACGGGAGUAAAAAUCCACAAAUAUUACAUAAUAGCGGUAUCCAUCAUUUGACACAUCACUAGUACUCCAAACAUCAGAAUAAAUGAGUUCAAGUGGUUGAGUAGCAUGCAUAGAAUUAUUAAAAAAUGGGAGUUUGGUACUUUUAUUUAUAUGACAUGAAUUACAAUGAGACCCAAUAGUGUCAGAACACGAAAUUGGGAUAUUAUUUUGACGAACUAAACACUGAAAUAUGCGACGAGAUGGAUGGCCAAAAGUGUGAUGCCAGACUGAGGGGCCCAAGACAUGAGACACAUGGACUUGUGGUGAUGAACGAACUGGUGCAUAGUAAACAUCAAGAUGAUUCUCCCCUCGUAGUAGAGGCGUCCCCGUGAUUCGAUCCUUGACAAGAAAAUGAGAAGCAAAAAAAAUCAACGGAAACAUUGUUAGUUUGACACAAUUUAGCAACUGACACAAGAUUUUUACGGAGGGAGGGAACACAUAGGAUAUUGGAUAGGGACAAAGGGCGAGUGGGAGUGGGUAGGGUAGUUUUACCAGUGUGAGUGAUAGCAAGCGACUUACCGUUGUCUAGGUGAACCUCAUCUGGACUGCCAUAAUCAGUAUACGUCGGGAGUUGGGAUGCAUCAGAAGUUACAUGGUGCGACGCACCACUGUCAAAUAGUCACGGCUGAUUUUCAGGAGACGUGACUGUAGUUGUAUACUGAACAUUGGGAGCCGCCGGAUAAGAACCUUGUUUUCACGCAAAAAGCAUUACAGUUUGCGACAUGACUGAACAUCAUGCCCCAAGUUAUCACAAAAUCUGCAAAUUAAAGUGGAAUUUGGGCGAGUGGCCGACACAUGCAUGCCUCCACGUCCAUGCGGCCUGGAUCCAUUGGAGCGCCAAUCUUGACCUGCAGCAGGGCAGCGGUCAAAUUGGGCAUUUGACCGAGAAGCAUGUUGCGUAGCAUUUACUGUGGGGACCAGGGUUGGCGCAGUAGUUGCCUCCUCACGUAUACGGUCCUCACGCUCCAGGAGGAUGGAUUGAAGCUCAGAAAGAGGCAUGGGAUUUUCACGUACACGAAUGGCAGAUGUGAGAUCGCCAUACUCCGUACCUAGACCAUUCAAGAUGUGAACGAGCAAAUCUUGACCCGAGAUGGGAUUCUGCGCAAGGGCUAAGUCAUCAGCAAUUGCUUGCAUUUCCGUGAGAUAGGCUGUAAUGCUUCGGGAUCCCUUCUUGGUGCGGGACAGAGUAGUUUUGAGAGAUAUGACCCGACCACGGGAUGUACUUGCAUAUGUGAGAUUGAGUUUAUCCCAUGCUUGUUUGGCGGUGAGAGCCGACGAAAUAACUGGUUGGAUAGUAUCCGAGCAGCUACCAAGUAGUGCACUGAUAAUGGUUUUGUCCUGUCGAUACCAGAUAGUAUAACAGGGAUUGUUCAUGUUUUGGCCGAAUCAAGGAAUUGAUCCGGGUAUGCAGUGGUCCCAUUGAGGUAACCUUCAAUUCCCAAUCCAAUGAGAGCAGAUUGGACCUGGCAUUUCCACACAGGGAAGUUCGUGGCUGUGAGUUUGAUGGGAAAGUGAUUGGUGGCCGUGAGAGUGAUGACCGGGGUGGUGGCAGUGAUUUCCAUAGCACAGACUCGAGGAAAAAAAAUAUAGGUUUAGUGAUCUCGUGAGAGUAAGACUCUGAUACCAUGAAGAGAAUAAUACUUCUUGUAUUUAAUCAAAUGAGCUGAGCUCAUAUAUAUACAAUUACAAAGAGAAGGAUAAGCUAUGUACGUAACUACUUGAUAAGAUAAGUAUUGCACCAACUAACUAAGGAUAAAUACAAGAAUAAUAUAUGUGCAGAUAAUACAAUAUAAUAAAUAUAAUUUAUGCUUUAAUACUAAGUACUAACUUUUGGUUUAUAAAUUAUAAUGGUUUUAUAAUUUCACCGAAAAUGUAAAUUGAAAUUUAACCUAAUUUUUUUAAACAUGUAUAGGAUUAGGAUAAAUUUCAGUAAUUGGUAUUUGGUAGUAAUUAUGUUUUCAAGAGAGAUUGAAUGAAUUGACGUUGAUAUUAAUAGAAUUUGAAACACUCCAAGAGAUUGAAAUUGCAAAUUUGGUAGAUAAUUUUGCCUCCAAAUAUGCUAGAAGAAUUUCUCUAUUUAAAUGAAAGGUAUUUUAUUAAUGACUACUUUUAUUUACAUUAUUGUUUUCAUUAGUAACUUGUAUUUUAGUACAAAUUAUUUUUGUUGAAACUUCGGAAAAAAGGCCCAUUUUUUGUUGUUGCACAGGGUCUCCAUUUUCUCGGGACCGACCCUGCUUUAACCCAUGUUGGACUCUUAUUAAAGAAACUUGUCUUUACGCAUGGUCAAUUGUACUAAAUUACUACAAAUGUUGUUUACAAAGAAGUCUUUCUAAAUGUUUAGUCUUUGUAGAUCUCAUUGUAUGCUUCAAAUGCUUACAAACAAGUGUUUCGAACUUUAUUGUGUAUUUCGUUAUUCCCUCUUUCCUCAUAUAUAAAUCGUACAUAUUAUUAGAGAUAACUAUAGUUUUCUCUAAGGUAACUAUUAUUACCUAUAAUCGUUAUUCCCUCUUUUCUCAUAUAUAAAUCGUACCUAUUAUUAGAGAUAACUAUAGUUGUAUAAUGUUCAUAUAUAUAUAUAUAUAUAUAUAUGUGUGUGUGUGUGUGUGUGUGUGUGUGUGUGUGUGUGUGUAUUACAUGCGUAUAAAAAAAUAUCAUCUGCACAUGCACUAAUAACGUUAAUAAAUAAGAUUUUAUAACUAUUCGAAAAUAUAGAUCGCGCAUCGCGCGGGUGAAAAUCUAGUAAUACAUUAAAAUGGUGCGAAAAUAAUAUUUUAUAUAAAGUUUGGGGUAUUUAAAUUACAUAUGCAAGUUUGGGGUAUUUACUUCACACCCCAUCAAAAUUUAGGGUAUUUUUAUUAUUUUUCCCUUAAUAAAUAUAAUCAUGGAGUAUUACAAUACAUAAACUAUUCUUCACAAGUAUAAUCGAAAUUUAUUUAGCAUUUAGAAGUCUGUUUGAAUCGUUUGAUAACUCUAAUUUGAAUUUAUAAGCUUUGUCAUAAAUUUUUUACUAAUAUAAAUUUUUGUUUCACACGUUGAAUUGUGUUAUGAUCAAAAUAAGCAAGAUUGAAAUUACUUUUGUGGAAGAAUUGAUUCAAGUUAUUAUAGCAGACCGUUUUAACUAUUUUUCUUAUUUUUUUUAAUAAAAAUGUAUCUUAUAUAAUCCGUAUAUCAUUUUUCCAUAAUUUAGCAAAUUGAAUCAUUUCAUUCAGAAUUUCAUUAAUAUUUACCUAUUCAACUCAUUCAGAUAAUUUUAGACCUUUUUCCAUUGAUAUUACUAAAUUACAUUCAAAAAGCAAAAAUAUCACUUAUUUUAAAAUUUUCCAAAAAGUAACAUAUUCAGUUACUAGUUCCCAAAGACUAAUAAUCUACCAGUAACUUUUUACCCUGAAAUUCGUUAUAGUACUAGUAUAUACGAAGUAGCAACUAUAUUUGUUCAAAAAACAAAACUAGUCACAUUUGUGUCUAGGAAAUUCUAUUAAUAUUACACAUGUCAUUUUUUCAUAAUUUUAGUGUCAAUUACCAAACGGGUUGCAAUUUUAAUGGUAGCUGAUGAUACUCAAAGAGUUAUAUCCUAUGUAACACUGAUACGGGUACGCGGAAACAGGUACGAGGAUACGACAAAACCAAAAAAGUAGGAUACGGAUACAGGGCCAUAUUUAUAAAUAUUAAAAUUUAUGGGGUGUAUUUAUAAAUAUAAAAAGUUAUAGGGAUGCAUUUAUAAAUAUUAAAAAUAUUUUUAAAAAAAAAUGACAUAUAUAAUCCUCCGAUGUCUACUCAUUCAUGUCAUUGAAGCAUUUUACAUUUUCAAGAUACUUAGAAAUAAGUUCAUGUUUUAUUUCAUAUACACUAGUGCACCUCGAAAUAUUAAUAUAGUUAAUAAGUAAUUAAUUUAAAAUGAGAAAUAAUUCAAACAACUACAAUUUUGAAAUUAAAAAUGCAAGUACUCAAAGUUGUAGAAUAAUGAAGAUAGAAAACAAUAUUUUAAAAGUUCUAAUACAUAUUUCCGUUGGAGCUAUUAAUUUCGAGGGAUGAUUAGAAUCUUCUAUUAUACAAAAGCAAGAGAAAAAUGUGAACAGUGUUCCCGCUCAAAAACAUCACACUCACGGGUCGGGGUGGGUGCGCAAUGGGGGUACAGGCCUGUGUGGGAGUUUUGUGGUCAAAAAGAGGUGCAAUUAAUGUUGGCGUCAAUAUCCAAUGCUGCAGUUUUAGUGGCUCAAGAUACAAUGUACUUCACAAACAUUGAAUGCGUUGUACUAUUAAAAAUUCAAAAAAAUGCAUUGCUUAAAAUUGAUCUGGCCGGGUGAGAAUGAGCUGUAUUUAAUACAACUUUACACAGGUAUCAACCUACUUUAUUGAGAUUCUCAAGACAAAGUAGUGUGUGGUCUACUAAAAUAUCAUAUCACAUAAUUGCUUACUUUUGACCAAUGGGUAAUCCUAUUACAUAUUCAAAACUUUUAAAAAAUUGUAGUAUAAAUCGGUCCAACUUAAUUAGCUGGGACCUCACCGCAACACUACACAGCAAUGGAACUGGAGGUGAGGUGUGUGAGCCUUUGAUAUUCAAGGUAGAAAUCAGCCGUUGUUUUCUACAAUGACAGAAAUUGAUGCUUGAACAAGUACAAGUUGGGCAUAAGAAACAAAUCAGCAUUACAAGCCCCUUCAUGGAUACCACGCAAAGAGGCUGCACUAAGUGUUUCUCCAAAGAGUAUUAAAAAUCUACUUCAGAUUUUGGCUAGAAUGACAAUGUAUAUCUUUGAAGGACUUUAAAUACAAUAGAUGACAAUGUAUGGUAUCAUCAGCGUUUCAUUUCAAAUUUUGCGUAUUAUAAAUUAUUAGGUGCUAUUUAGGCUUCAACAAAAAUAUUCACUUAAAUUAUUUAAAGAAAUUAAAACUAAAACUACAGACAGUUAAACCUCAAACCUUGAAAUCAUUUAUAUUUUGUGUCUAUGUAGACCGUAUUAGUGAAGAUGUCAAAAAACGUCAAAAAACGUCAAAACAAAUUUCUGAGAACAAGUAACACUAAAAGUAAGUAUGCAUACAACACUCAUAUGUUUGACAUGUUGAUACCAAAGACCUCAUUAUAGAAGAGAUUUCAGUAAGUUCGUGUCAUUCCGUUUGGAAUUUACUUUACCGACCAAGAUUUAUAAAAAUAUUGUUAUGUCCAUAAAACAUGAUACACUUCUCUGUACUGAAUAAAUAUGUUAAACAAGAUCGUUUCUAAAAAAAUGCACAUUUAACUCUGUAAGAGAUGCUUUGUUUUUAAAUAAAAAAACAUGUCCAACGGUAAUUCUCGCAACAUCCUUGCAGAACGGCAAGCAUCGAAAAAUACAUACAAGGACAGAAACGAGAGAAUAUACCCAAAUCACGAGGAUAGAAGACAUGGACUGAGAUCAUUUGGUUAUCCCUCAGACAUCUUAACCGCUCCGUCGGAUAACAGCAAGAAACAAAAAAACACUAAAUCAACAAAAUCAACAUCUUAAUCGCUCCGGCUGUCGAAAGAAUCUACUGAAAUCAUAAGGCUUGAAGGGCCGAUUUCGUAUGAAAUGAACGAAACUCUACAGAGAAACAAAAACAAGUCAUCGGUAGUUUAGAUUCAACCAUGAGUAGCAACAAAGGCCAAUACACCGACCUACGCUUUGAUGUGUAGGUUGAUGAACGGUGAGUUUUUGAAUGGGUGUACGGAAGCGGUUGGAGGGUUGAGGCAAUAUAUAUAACGUGUGAUUAAG